AUGCUGCGAGGUUUCUUCGGGCGCCGAUCUCGUUCGGCAUGGGUUCGGCUCACAUAUCUCUGCGUUAUUACAAUAAUAUUUCUUUUUGCCUCUUCACAGUUCAAGUCAACAGCUACACAUGCGAGAUUUGUACCGGAAGUGAGACAACCCGCUCAGCCUGUGCAUGCUAUUGCUGUAGCUGCUGACCCUCGACUACGCCCGAAUCCGGAAUCUCUGAAUCCCAACCAGGAUGGAAUUGACCAACCAGACCCGGCUAGAGUGGACUCUCCGGAUGUUCCUCAACACCAAAAUGCACAAUGGGUUACCAGAAAAUUUUUGCAACAACAGAGAACCAGCAAAAAACCAUUUGAAAAUGUUGUAAUCAACGGAGAGAAGUAUCCAAAGCUGACACCCGAUGGAAAAUUCAUCCCACAAAGGCGGAUAAUUCAUUUGGAUCUCAAAGGCGCUGCGUACAAACCUGACUAUUUCGAGGAACUUUUCGCAUUUUUCAAUCGACUUCAAGCUACUGGAAUUCUUUUGGAAUGGGAAGAUAUGUUCCCGUUUAAAGGACGACUUUCUAGUGCUGUUAAUAAAAAUGCAUACAGUAUGGAGACUGUAGAACGUAUUUUGAAAGCAGCUCAAAAGCACCACCUUCAAAUUAUCCCCCUGGUUCAGACUAUGGGUCAUUUGGAAUGGAUUUUGAAGUUGGAACAGUUUGCACAUCUCAGAGAAGACUCACGGUUCCCACAAGUCAUUUGCUUUUCGGAUGAUGACGCAUGGGAUCUUAUAAAGGAGAUGAUUGAAGACGUGGCUGAAGUCCAUAAGAAGUUCGGGAUGCCUUAUUUCCAUAUCGGUGCGGACGAAGCCUUCCAGAUCGGUAUCUGUAAUGCAAGUGUCGCUCGAAUCCAAAAAGAAUUUUCUCGCGAACGUCUCAUGCUGUGGCACAUCGCAAGAACCGCUCGAUUUGUGAAAGAGAAAUAUCCAGAAACCCAAGUUCUUGCAUGGCAUGACAUGAUGGCCAGUGCAAUGGAAUCAGAUAUUGAAGAUUACAAAUUGACAGAGCUUGUUCAGCCUGUUCUGUGGAACUACGCAGAAGACCUUGAUAUUUAUCUCCCCAGAUCGACGUGGAUGCUUCUCAGGAAUUUCGGAAGUGUUUGGGGAAGUUCUGCUUGGAAAGGAGCCGAUGGUCCUGCACGAUAUUCUACGAAUGCCAAUCACUAUGUGAAGAAUCACGAGUCCUGGAUCAAACAGUUAACAAUGGUCUACAAGGAUUUCAAUGUAAUUGAGGGUCUUAUAAUGACUGGCUGGUCUCGAUAUGAUCACUUCGCUGUUCUCGCUGAAACAAUCCCAGUUGCGCUUCCAACUCUUGCAAUCAGUAUGGAAACUAUGCUUGAAGGUCGUCCGCUAUUAGGAAAUCAUCCAAUAACCUUUGAGCUGUUGCAAUGUUCACCACCUCUCGAUCUUGGAUACGUCGCAUCCGGAUGCCGUUUUCCAGGAAGUCGAAUCUACGAACUGAUAAAUGAUAUGUAUCAAAAACAGAUGCAGCUUCGAACAUAUCGACAAGAUGAUUAUGAAGUUAACGGAUGGUUGUCGAGGGUUGCCGAUGAGUAUACUGUGUCUAGUCAUUGGUACAUUGAUAAAAUCGAACAAAUGAUCGAAAUGCACGCCGUCCCACUCGAGCGAAUCGCUGAAGACCUACGAUUUGAGAUGGAUAAAAUAUUCUACAAGGAUACCAUCGACGAAUUCCUAUUCACCUAUCUUGGCGAGGACCUGGAAUGGUUGAACAAAAAACGUGAGACCAUCAAAAAAGUAUCCAAUGCAAAAGCAUUCCCGAAACGACCGUUUGUCGAGUCAGCCAAAUCUAUAGGAACUCAAUGCUCGUAG